AUGACAAAAUCAAAUGAAUUAAGUCCAGAAUUAGAAUUAGAUAAUUUCUUGAUAAAAUAUAAACUUGAGAAAGCACAAUCGUAUUUAGUUCAACUCAGAGUUCCUGAAAAUCGUAACUUUUUUGAACUAGAGUUGCACGACCAAUUGAAAUUAAAUCCAGAGGAGAAUUUCUAUGUGGUUGAAGAAGUAUUAGAGCGGGAAGAAGUAGAAGGAGGUAUCACUCUUAAAAAUGAAGGUGAAAUAUUCUUAAAAAGUCAUUUAAUUGAAGAAGAGACUAAUAAGGGAAAAAUUAUUGGAGUUGCCAGCGGAAUUGGAACAGGAGCUGCUAGUGGAGCUGCAGCAGGUGCUGGUUUGAUGUUUUUGGUUGCUCCAUAUACGUUUGGUUUUUCAUUAUCAUUUAUUCCAGCGGCUGCCACAAUUGGAGCCGUUGCUGGAGGUUUAGGUGGAGGCACUACUGGUCUUAUGGCUGGGCUUGCAUUCGAUAAGCUAUCAAAUUCAGAAAAAAUUAGAAUAAAAAGCGAAAUAAAAAGUUUGCUGGAGGAUUAUAAAACUGUGAUGGAGGAAAAAUCUCGUGAUUGUCAAGACAUAAUUAAUAAUGAGGUGUCUGGGUCGGGAGAAAAAGAAGAAUCUCAAAAGCAAAAAGAAAAUUAUGAUAAUGAAGUUAGAGAAAUAGUGGCUUACAUAGAGAAUAAUAAUAAUUGA